ACCGGUUCACUCUUCACUCGAAGGUCGUCGAAACCCGUCCAGAUUCGCGGAACCAAGAAACGGCUGACGGCCGCGGCAGGGGAGAUGGCGGCGGAGGUGAGGUACGGGAUAGUCGGGGUGGGGAUGAUGGGGAGGGAGCACCUCCACAACCUCGCCCACCUCGCCGCCGAGGUCGAGCGGGAGCAGUCCGUCCUGGUGCGGGUGACCGGCCUCGCCGACCCCCACCCGGAGUCCCUCCGCCUUGGCCUCCAACUCGCCGCCGAGCUCGGCCUCCCGGCUCCCCAGACCUUUGCAGGUCACCGCGAGAUGCUGGACAGCGGGCUCUGCGAUGCCGUCAUCAUAUCGUCUCCGAACAUGACCCACUACGAGAUACUCAUGGACAUCAUCAACCACCGCAAACCGCACCACAUUCUUGUCGAGAAGCCCUUGUGCACUACGGUACAGCACUGCAAGAAGGUCACUGAAGCUUCUAAACGGAGACCAGACAUAAUUGUGCAAGUUGGACUAGAAUACAGGUAUAUGCCACCGGUGGCUAAGCUGAUACAUAUUGUUAAGAGCGGCACACUAGGACAAGUCAGAAUGGUAGCAAUACGCGAACACCGUUUUCCUUUCCUUGUUAAGGUAAACAACUGGAAUAGGUUCAAUUACAAUAGUGGGGGAACUCUGGUUGAGAAGUGCUGCCACUUCUUUGAUUUGAUGAGAUUGUUUGCAGCUGCAAAUCCAGUUCGUGUAAUGGCUUCUGGAGCUAUUGAUGUUAACCAUAAGGAUGAAGUGUAUGAUGGAAAGGUUCCAGAUAUAAUCGACAAUGCUUAUGUGAUAGUAGAAUUCGAUAAUGGCUCUCGUGGCAUGCUUGAUCUCUGCAUGUUUGCUGAAGGAAGUAGAAACGAGCAAGAAAUUUCUGUGGUUGGUGACAUUGGGAAGGGAGAAGCUUUUGUUCCGGAGAGCAUUGUGAGGUUUGGAAAGAGGACAGGAGGCAGAGAUGGAGUUGUAACAAUAAUGGCCGAAGAUGAACGGGUCAAGUACCAAGGUCUUCAUCAUGGAUCCAGUUACUUGGAGCACCUCAAUUUCUUGUCUGCCAUUAGGGCUCAAGGUCCCUCUGGACCAUCCGUAAACUUAAAUGACGGUUUACUAUCUGUUGCCAUCGGUGUGGCUGGCCAGCUGUCGAUUGAGCAAGGCCGUUUCGUCACCAUGGAAGAGGUCUUAGGCUCUUAAUCGGCUGAUAAUUCACAGCAAAAGGUAGUUGGACUUGAGAAAUUGCACGGAGAUUAUGUACAUUUAUAAUAAUUGGCAUGAAUAGAGGAAUUUAGCAAGAAUGUUGAAGGGAAUGUCGUGGAAUCACUCCUUGACAUGUGCACGGUGUAUUGUAAUGUAAUCCUCAAACUUUCAUCACAAAAAAAGAAAGGUAAUCCUCGAUCUUGCUUUGGUGAUCCAGUUUGUGUGGGCUGCGGUUGCCAUGACAAAGGAGUUGUAUCGUCUGCAUGUGAUUUCCUCGAUAUAACAUUUUUUUGGGGAAAUGGAGCUUUAUUAACUUCAAUCAAUGGGUAAUAUGAUGUUCUCGUGUU